AUGGAUAAUAAUAAACGAAGUGCUAGUGCUGAAGGUGAUAACGAUAGCAAGAGGCCGAAGUUAGAGCCAAGUGAUGGACUCUUGGAUGAUGAAUUGAAUGCCCUUUUAAACCAACUGAAUGAUAAACUUGAUUUUAAUGACUUACCUGAUGAUUUGUUAGAUUCCAUAGACCAGAAUAUUGCCACUCCUCCGGCUUAUAGUCGAUCCAACACUCCAUUACCUGAACGAAUGUAUCAACCCAGUCAAUUGGGACAUCCACAACCUCCACAAAUGCCACCAUCCCAAUCAAAUAUUCAACCACCUCCACCACCACAACCUCAAUCUCAAUCCAAGACCAAAGAUCUUUAUAGUAAUGACCCAACUAAACUUAACGAUGCCUUAGCAGCUGCUGGGGUGGACAUUCAACAUGAAGAAGAAUAUUUACACAAAAACCGAAGAUUGGCCACUUAUCAAACUAAUCAAGUCCGUGUGACUAACUUCCUUAACCCUUAUCAAAUAUCCACUUUUAUGUCAAGAAUCUCCCGGGAUAACGGGAUUAUACAGAAUUUCUUAUCAGAUAGCGAAUUAUUGGAACUAAUGUCGGUACUGUGUGAACGAUGGAUGUCUGAUAUCAUCACCAAGACAUUGAUAAUGUCUCGUCAUAGACAAAAGGGGAUCCCUAAUGUUAAUAAGAAACCUUCAGCCAUACAAAGAUCGGAAUUAUCUAAAGAAUUGAGGAAUAUUGCUUUGAAACAAAAGGAACUUGAAGAACAAAGAGUUAAUCGUAGAAUGGCUUUAGGUCUAGAGAAAAAUGAUGAUGGAAGUAAGAAAGAAAAAGGAGGGGCAGAAGAAUCUUUACAUAGAGCUGCCAAUGCUACAGCUGCUAUGAUGAGUAUGAAUCCUUCACGAAAGAAAUAUAGCUGGAUGUCUGCAGGUUCAGGUAAUUCUAAUGCUCCUACUACAAAAGAAGACCCUUCAUCGAAAAAAUCUCAUAUAAUGACUGCUAGAGGGGAAAAUGGUUUACGUUACCGAGAGAUCCGUACGGGACAAUCUGUUACUAUGAAAGAUCUUUUAUCAGCCAUUGAAAAUGAAAGAAUUGGUGUAGAUAAAGCUCUUCUUAAAGGUUAUUCUAAAUUAAGAGAUUGA